UCAGACUCUUCCAAAAUCAAACGAACCCUAACGAACCCUCUUCACUGAAAUCUCCCAUCCUUCACUGAAAUCGAAAUCAAAAUCAAAAUCUUCGUUCUCUCCCAUCCUUCAUUGAAAUCUCACACUCUUGAAAUUUCCAGUUCAUUCUGAAAUCAAACGAACCCUAAUCUCUUCACUCUCGAUCUUCUUCUUCCUUGUCGCUGCUUCAUUCACUCUCGAUCUUCUUCUUUGUCGUUGCUUCGUCUUCGGUACUGGCGCCGGCACCGGUGCGAUUAGGUUCCGGAGCCAUUGAUCUUCGUUCAAUUUUUGAACACCAAUCUUCGUUUUCGCUCUCAGGGUUUUUGGUUGUGAUUUUGUUAGUUUCUCAUAUUGAAUCCGGGCAAGAGCGAGAUGCCUAUGUAGCCGACCUAAUCUGGGCAAGCUUUAGUGUGUUCUUCCAACUGUUUGAUUAUAUUCCCCAACCAAGUUCAUCAUGUCUAGUUUUGUGGGUGUCAUUGUUUCUGAUCAAGAACUUCAGAGCCAGUUCACCCGAAUAUGAACAUGGACAAAUUGCACCCGAAUCAGAAAUUGUAUGCUUAAAUGAGACAUAUAUUCCCUCGAUUUAGGAAAAGACAUCGACAUUUCCUCAAUUACUCGAAUCUCCCCCUCUAUUAUGUAAAAAUAGAGGGUGUGUAUGUGUUUUGUUUAAGCAAAUUAGGGGAAGGUGUAUGCAAUUUUCCCAACAAAUACGAGCGGUUAGUGUUCAUUUGAAAAAUAGAGGAUGAGUGCAAUUUUCCACAAGAGUAUACAAGAAUGUUGUUUGAUGCUCAAUUUGUCUCUAGUCCUAGCAUGUAUGCACCUAACUUGAAAGUAUACUUUUCUUUUUGUUUUGAAUGUCUGCAUGGGAAGGCACAUGUAAACUUGCAAACACGAGCUAUGGCAAAAGAUGGUGGUUCAAAAAGUUCUUCAUUUUUGAAGACAGCUACAACGACUGUUCAUCAUGCAAUUAAUGAAUCUGAGAAGGCUUCUUAUGUUGCACAUAUUAACAGUUACUUGGCUGAAGAUAAAUUCUUGAAGCAGUUUCUUCCCCUUGAUCCAGCUACAAAUGCAUUGUUUGAUCUUGCUAAAGAUGGAGUCCUGCUCUGCAAGCUUAUUAAUGUCGCCGUUCCUGGGACCAUAGAUGAACGAGCUAUCAACACAAAACAGGAUCUUAAUCCAUGGGAGAGGAAUGAAAACCACACCCUUGGCCUCAAUUCAGCAAAGGCUAUUGGGUGCACAGUGGUUAAUAUUGGUACACAGGAUAUGGUUGAAGGAAGACCUUAUUUGGUACUUGGUCUGAUUUCACAAGUAAAGAUGGACGAUAUGCCAUUGCAUUCUGACUUCUUCUGGAAAUGGUCGGAAAAUGUGGUAUGCAGAUUAUCACGGUUAUGCAAGAAGUCAUGGUCUGUGAUCAAGUGAAGUUCACCUUGGGUAAUGAAGGUGGAGUAAUCUUACUACCCUGGGCCCCUGGUGUUCAUCAGGAUGCAAAGUUAAAGGUUGUAGGAGGUUGAGAACUUUUUUUAUUUGCUCCAAUCUGAAAUGAUUAACUUGUCUAUUGUUGGAAUUGGGUGUUUAUAUGAUGUGUUGAUUUUUCUGCCUUUAGGUAUCAAUCAUAGGAAAAGAGAUAUUGUGUUUUAAUUAGUAUGAAUAAGUUGAUCAUGAUAUUUAUAUGAAGGUUUUUUCCUCUAUAAUCACAUUACUCAAGCUGAGCUUGACAUUUAUUGGACUCU